GGGAGGUGCCCUACAAGAGGAGCAGGACCCAGCAAGGUCAGAUUGCGAGGCGGGCAGCCACAUAAAGUGGGGUGUGAAGAGUGCUUCAGCAGCUGCCCCACCAUGACCUCCUGGGCCCUCCUGCUCCUUGCCUCAGUGCUCCUGGCCACCCCGGGGCUGACCUUUUCUGGUUUGAACCCUGAGGACAAUGACUUGAUGACCGUUGACUUGAGUCAGGAAAAACAGUUCUUAGAGAGCUUGGUCCUGGAGUCCCCCCAGGGUGACCAGCUGGCUAUCAGAUGCAAUAUUUGUAAGUUGACAAUCCAAGCUCUGAGAAAAGCCUUGGGACAUGAUAUCACACAGGAAGCCAUCAAACACGCUGCGUCCCUGGUGUGCAAGAAGACAUUUCCACUACAGGGUAUUUGCAAGGACAUGAUCAAUAAAUUUCUUGAUAAGAUCACCAAGGGUAUCAUGAAUGGGAAAAGCCCCAAGGAAAUCUGUGUGAAACUCAGGAUGUGCAAACCUGUAAAAGGUCUCUGAGCCUCUGGGGUCUCUCACCCCACCCUGGGGAGAAGCACAUAGUCCCACAACCACCACCUGCUUCUGCCCUUCCAGAUCCAGAGCCGACCCUCCAGUGUCUCUCAGCCAACUUCUCAUGCCUUCCCCUGCAAGAGAAUAAAUGCCAUGCAAACUUUUA